CUAUCCAGGAAGAUUCAAAAGAAAAAUUUGCGGAGGCGCAGGAACGAUUAAGGCUGAGAGCAUUUACUCUAAGAGUGGCUGAAGAAGAAGGUUGGACCGUGGCCGGGAAAAUUCCAAAACCGAUACCAAAUGAGGGGAACGAAUUUAAGGAUCUGUUAGAAGUACAAGAGGAAGUAGAUUUUUUUGGAACAAAAGCAGUGAUAAAAGUAGGUAACUACGCUCGGGAGAAGGAAAACAAACAGGAGAGCAGCCUUGCUCCUACCAGAGUCAGUGAUCACGUUUGCACCCGGACCUUCGGGGUUCGUAAAACCUUGGAGGAACCUGAAAUGCAGAUUCUUGGCAGUGCACAUUUGGCCGUGAGAGACUUGUCCCAAAAAGCAAAGGCAUUAGCAAAGGAAGCAAAAUUUGAGUUGGAUGUGGAUAGUCCGCAGGAGGAUGGUAUCUUGGCAUUUAUCAUGUGGCUUGAUGUAAUUGGGGUGACGUUCCAAAUAUUGCGGGUUCUACAAGUGGGCAAUAAGGAAAGAGGUUGUGAAGACUAA